AUGAGCAUCGCUCCCGUGUCAGCCCCUACGUCUGACACGCCCGAGCAAGCCAAACCCGCCAACGCCAAUGCCACAGCCACCGCCCCGGCAUCCAACGCCAGCACCGCCAACCCUCCCUCACAUCCAUCCGAUGCGGCCGCAAAGUCGCUGCAGAACAGCCCUGUCCCAACUGCCAGCGCUGCAUCGACACUGAGCGAAGGCAAGGCAACCGCCGGCGCAGUUCCCGCUCAGCCGGCCCAGGGCCAGGCCGCUGCCGCUGCCGCCGCCACCAGGAUCUCGGCUCCAUCCGCCGAGCCGCCUUCGAUAACGACGCCGGCCACCGAAGCGACACCGCCUCGGAACAGCGUUCAAGGCUCGCCAACUGGAGCCUCCGUGCAGCAGAGCUCGGACACGGUCCCCGCUGGCGUUCCGGCAUCCUUGGCCGCAUCGCUGCCGCUGGCUUCGGCUCCAGCUCCUGCUCCAGCUCCGGCAGCUACUAAGAAGGAUGGAAGCGCAUCGCAGGGUCCUGCUGGUGCCCCCUCUACCACGUCUGGCUCGACCCCCAAGGCCACCCCUGCAAAGGCCCGCGCGCCGCGCCAGCCAGGCAAGCAGAAGCGAAGGAUCAACCAGGCCGGCUCAAAGGGUGCCGAUCUCGCACCGCCUGGUCCUAGCACGGUCGGAGGCACCAUCGGCGCCGUUCCGGAUCAUGCAGUGCCCGCCCUGCUUGGCGCAGGCGGAGGAGGCCGCAAGGUGCUGCCAGACCAUGUCAUGCCCUUUGUGUUGCCCUCGUCGACGGUGCGGCCAGACUACACUCUCCUCAACACGGCGACGCCCGAGGAGAGGGAAGCUUUCCUCAAAAAGGCCAAGCUCAACAACGGCUCCGGAGCCGGCAUCGCCCCGAAUCUCCCCCUCGCAUCGACCCCAGGUGCAGCGGCCGACCCCUUUGCCGCUAGAGACUCGUCCAUGACCCCCGGCCGUUCGGUCUCGCGGCAGAUCAAGCAGCCCAGCGUCGAGAUGAGCGACUCGUCCGACUCGGACACCUUUAGCUCAAUCUCGGACAGCGACGAGGACGAGGAGGAGAGGCUGCAGAGGCGCGAAGAGCGGAAGCGGAAGCGCGAGCCCGCCAACGUCGGGGACAGCCUCGUCCUCCUCCAGUCGCUGCGUCAGUCGCGCCUCUCGCACCUCUCCUCGCUGCUGCCGCCCUUCAGCCAGAAGAUGCGCUCCGGCACGAUCUACCCAAACGUACUGCCCCUCAGCCUCCUCCAUGGUCUCAACCCGCGCGAGCCGCACGUCUUGAUCCAGCUCGGGCGCGCCGACAUCCAGGUCGGUCCCCACGUCUUCGUCAAGACCAAGUUCUGGGAGGUGCGGCCCGACGUUGAGCUGCCCAACCUUGGCCCGCCCCACGUCGAGAGUUACACCGGGCCCUAUGGCGAGACCAAGCGGACCACUGUCACGAGCUGCGUUCCCAAGCUCGAAGCCAAGCCAGAGCGAGUCGCGUUGCCGCUCGAAGCGAAAGCGCCCUCCAGCUCGCCUGUCAAGGCAGGCAAGGCUUCUGCAGCCUCCCAAGCGACGAACAGGAUCGGCGCCGGUGCCUCCAGCGACCAGCGACCGUCACCAACUUCAACGGCCAGAACCACCGAUGCCAAGUCAACACCCGCCGCCGCAGCAGCAACACCAAAAGCAGCCGUAACGGCGGGACCUGCUGCCUCGAACGGAACCUCUUCGCCAUUCGUCAUCGCACCCACACCAACUUCUAUGUUGACCAAAGCGAGCUCGGUGCCCGUGCCUGCAACUUCGCCGGCUCCUGCAUCCGCGCCUGCGCAAGCUCCACCGGCGACUGCGAAGCCUCUUGCAACGAAUGCGCCUCAGCAGUCGGUCAAACCCCCUCUCGCUACUGCUGCUGGCGCAUCGACACCCAAGCAGCCCGCAGUGAAAUUGGCGGUGCCGGCUGCUGCCCCGCCGAGCCCCGUCAAGCCGGCGACUUCGACGGCGGCGCCUGGUUCCGCCACUGGUGCGGCUGUCAACUCAGCCACGAUCGCAAAACCCGUCGCAGCGCCCGUGUCGACCCCUGCGAUGGGUGCAAUCGCCGGCGCGCCCACGGCGUCCUCGGCGAUUGGACCUCGGCCAGUGCAACCGGCGACAGUGCGCCCGGCCGGAGCCCCUCCUGCGACAUCAGCGUCGGUGCCAGCCUCUUCGUCUGUCAAGCCGGCUGCUACAGCCCAGAACACGCCAGCGACUGCUCCGGUCGGGGCAGCGGCAACACCACCCAAGACUGCGAGCCAGAUCCCGACCGCGACGGUGACGACAUCGGCGUCCGUUGCCGGACAGACGACGACGGUUUCACAGCACGUCCAGUUCGCGCCCGCUCGGUUGUCGCCCAUCUCGCAGCCAUCAACGCAGCAGGCUGCUCAACGGCCCAGCCAGCCAGCGACGUCACAAGCCGCAGCAUCGGCCGCACCAUCGCCGGUUGCGACCAACAAGGCCAGCGGCGGCAGUAGCGCGCCAGGCCCUGCUCCGGCUCCGUCUGUGGCGAAAGUGGCUCCGGCACCUUUGGCCGGCCGACUCGUCCAACCUCCCGCCGCCACGACUCCUGGCGGCAAGCCUCCCACGGCGACAACGACGUUUGCACCCAUAACCGGACCUUCUAGGCCGACGCCGGGCGCCACGGCAGGUCCCAGGCCCUUGCAGCCCACCACGGCACAAGCGAGGCCUCCGGCGUCCGGAGCGCAGCCAGCCAUCGACGCCGUGCUUGUUUCGCGUGUCAAUGCGACGGCAGCACUCAACCCUGAGCUGCAGCAGCUCUUGCACGUGGCCGCGUCGGGCAAAGCGAACCCUGAGCAGCUCAAGUCGCUUGGUGUGUGGAUCCAGGCCAUCACUGCCCAGCUGCGCGAGGACGAAGCGCGCGCCGCGGCUUCUUCGUCGUCGUCGAACGCGGUAGCCGCCGGCAAGCAGGCUGAUGGCGGCGCGGGGGCCGCCGCCGCAAAGGGCAAGGGCAAGGGCAAGGGCAAGGACGGCCCUCCCUCGGCCUCCGAAUCCGCUGCCGGCGCUGCCAACGCACAGGCGACCGACAGGCCCAAGAAGGCCAAGAAGCCCAAGCCGGAUCCCGAGGAGCUGUCGUCGAUCAAAGCAGCCAAGAAGGCGGCCAAGGCCGAGGAGAGGGAGGCCAAGAAGAAGGCGGCCGCCGCUGCCAAGGCCGAAGCCAGGGCCGCCGCCGCUGCCCAGAAGCAGCAACAGCAGCUGCUGUUGCAACAGCAGCAGGAGCAGCAGCAGCGGGAGGAGCACCAGGCCAAGCUGCGGCAGCUGCCUCCCGGCUGGCCCACCGACGGUCCGCCUCGCCCGCCGAUCAUUGUGGUCGAGUUCCGCGAGAAUCCGAGCAUGCGGUUCGUGCUUCCGCUGUGGAAGUGCGUCGUGGAGCGCCGGGAGGGCCUCGACCCGGCUUCGAUGCCCAAGGUCAAGCGGGAGCGCGGCUUCUUUGACGACUUUAUCGAGGACGACGACGACGACGACAGCAGCAAUCCGGACGUCAAGGGCAUCGAGCCGGAGCUCAAGCUGAGCUUCUUUGUCCCCUCGGUCGGGUCCGACGCUGCCGGGCUGAGCGGCACCAACGAGCUCGAGGAGAUUGAGGCCGCCAGGCGAAGGGCCGAAGCCGAGAUGACGGCGCAGCAGAUGGGCGGUAGGGCCGGCAGCAUCGAGGGACUCGCAACGCCGGAGCGCGCAACGGGCGGCACCAACGGGACUGCCAACGCCGCCGCCACUGCUACGAAAGGCGGCGCUGCGGCAUCGACCCCGGCGCCGGGGGCCAAGAAGCUGUCAAAGAAGGCGCAGAAGAAGCUCGACGACGAGAUCAAGGCGCGCGCCCGCGCCGAGGCCGAGGCGGCCGAGCAGGAGAAGAGGCACGAGCAGUUCCCAGCCACGUGGAGCAUCUCGGGCGGCGUCACCGAGAGCAUGUGGGAGGCGUUUGGCAGGGUGCCCGGAGCCAUCACCAACGCCGUGGUCCGCCCCGUCAAGGCCGAGCCCGAGAUUGAGCUGGCGCCGGACGUGGCCGAGUUCCUGGUGCCGGAGAUCAAGUACCACCUGCUCGACCAGCCGGAGGAGGAGAUCAAGAUCCACAAGGAGACGGCCGACUCGUUUGUCGACCUCUACAGCCAGCUGCCCGACCGGCGCUUUGUCAUGCCGUGCAUCCCGCCGAUGCACAUUCCCUUUGGUCUCGAGGACCACCUCUCGGACAGGUUCGCCAUCCGGCCGCAAUUGGUGGCGGCACGGCCCGUGGCCAAGCGCAAGGCGGGUGUCCAGAGCGGCGACCUCGACAUGAUCUUCACCUUUGGCGGCAUCGGCGGCGGCGCUGCGGGCGCAGCCGGGCCGGGCGCGAUGGGCGCGAUGGGCGGGAUCGCGCCUGGCGGCGACGAUGUGACCGCCGGCGUCAAGUCCGAAGAGCCGGAGCCGACGCCGAGCAAGCCGCCCAAGCGGAAGCGGCACGUCGCCACCCACAACCCCGACGGCUCGAUCAAGAGCUGCGGUGCGUGCGGCAAGACCAAGACGCCGAUGUGGCGCCGAGGGCCCAAAGGACCGAGCCAGCUGUGCAACGCGUGCGGCGCGCGGUGGAAGGCGGGCAGGCUGGUGGUGCCAGAGGUAGCGCCCCCGCCCAUCAUCGAGGCCGACGGCGACAAGGCCAAGGACGACAAGGACAAGGACAAGGACCGGGACAAGACCAAGGCGAAGACCAAGGGGCACGGCAGCCAGGGCGACAAUGGAGCCGGCGGCGCGGCUGCAGGCGAUGGCAAUGGCGCUCCGCUUGCGGCUGGCCACGGCGCCAUGAGCGGGGCCGUCUUUAUCCCGAUGGGCUCGUCGGCGGCGUCCAUGUCGAUGCCGGCGACGACGUUUGCGCCCGUCACGGGGAUCGACAUGACGCGGGCGCCGUUUGUCUCGCAAGCGCUGACAUCGCCCUUGAGCUCGGCGGCGUACUCGCACUCGCUGCUGUCGAUGGAUGGUGGGCCGAUGCAUCUCGACGGCGGCGGCGGCGGCUUUGGCUCGGGUCUGGGCAUGGGCGUCGGCGGCCUCUCUGGGCCCUCUGCGCCCGGACCAAGUCCCUUCAUCCGAUCGCCCAACCCCUUCCCGGGUCAGGAGAUGAUGCCUGCCUCGGUGGAUCCGUCCGUGCUCUUUGGCGGGAGCAGCGGUGGCAUCUGA